AUGAGGGAACACGAGGUCUCUGACGAUUCGCAUUCUAUUGCUGGCAAAAAGCGUGUUCGAGCAACUCAAGCCUGUAUUUUAUGCAGGAAAAAGAAGAUCAAAUGCGAUGGCACCAAACCUGAAUGUUUACAUUGCCAGGAGGCAAACAUUACUUGCGAAUAUUCGGAAUGUCGAAAACGUGGGCCGCGCAAAGGAUACGUCCAAAUACUCGAAGAACGCUUAGCGCAGCUAGAGCAAAGAAUAUCUACUGAUGAUGCUGCUGCUGCUGAAAGGAAGAAGCUGACAAUGCCUGCAGUAACUGGUGCUAUUUAUGAUCCUGAUACACUUCUUCGUGUGGAGCCACGGCGUAUCAUGGAAAAGAAAAGUAUCAAUGAGGGGAUUCCAAAGAGUCUUUCUGCAGGGCCUGGGCAAAAUCUAUACAGUGAUGGUGAAUCCUAUCUUCCUAUGGAUAUCGUAAUGCACCUUGUCGACCUCUUUUUCCAGCAUCUUAAUUCCGUUUUCCCAAUUGUUCAUCGAAGAACACUCAAGCAGUCAAUCCACAACGGCACGGUAUCCAAACCACUACUAUGGAGUAUUAUGGGUAUUGGCGCAAGAACAGAUCCUCCAUAUUGGGCAGGAGAACGAUUUGCGGUGAAAGCAACGUCGUUGAUUGAUGCAACCAUGCUUGAGGCUACUAUACCUAAUUUGCAAUUUUGGGGUAAUAUGGCUUGUUUAGAGUACGGACGCGCAUCAGGAUCAAGGGCAUGGAUCUAUGGAGGCUUGGCAGUAAGAAUAUGUCAAGAACUUGGUCUCAAUAGAGAAGAAACAUUGAGUGCACCUAUUUUGAAGAAAGACGGCUCCGUGGAUACAGCUGCCAUGGCAUUGCGACGGCGAAUCUUUUGGAGUUCAUAUUGUUUGGACAAAUUUGCUAGUGCAGGCACAUCACGCCCGCAAUAUUUCGAUACUUCUGACUGUGAUGCAGUAUUGCCAAACGUCACCGAAAGUAUACUGCUUCGCGACUUAUUCCAAUGUGUCUCUGUUGAAGGCAGAGAGCUAAACAGCGACUCGUUGAUGGAUAUUACUCGACACUAUUUGCGCAUGAUGAUGAUCUUUGGUGAAGCAAACAAGUUUAUGACGAAGGCCAAAUCCGAUUCGGAGUCCGUCACCUGGCCGCCGGUUCCUGAGUUCAACAACCUCGAUGCACGAUUACGCUCUUGGAAGAGUGACCUUCCAGAGCAGUUCCAAUUUUCCCUAAACAAUCUCAGCGUUCAUAAACGAGGUGCCAGUAGAAAUUAUCUGACCUUGUGGCUGUCAACCCACGCAGUAUGGUGCACAACAAUGAUGGUGUUGCACCGCGGUAGUCUUGCUUACAGCGAAGUCGAGCUUAAGGAUGUCCCUGAAGAUUUGUAUCGACGCAUCCAAGCCAGUAUAAGCUGCUGCAAAGUUUCCAUCGACGAAGCGAUGAUUAUAUUUAGAGCCUUGAAGGAGCUUUCUGGACCUAACGUGUUACCGUACAUGGGUUACAGCGCUUAUAUUUGUGCGACGGUUUUGAUGACUUCUACGUUUUCCAAGGAUGGAGAGUCGUUCAAAAAGAGCAGUAGCGCGUUGAGAAUUUUGUACGCGAUGAUUGAUGGUCUGGCACCAUACUGGCCGAUGUGCGAGCGUUUAGCUCUUACGACAAGAGAUCUCCUAUUGACGCAUAGCCGACUCUACGAUACCCAGUAUCGACAUGAUUACUAUUCAAAAUCAUCCAAUGCGAGCGAGAUGAACGAAAGUACCACGGAUGCUUCUCCUUUAUCGUCAAAUGAUAACAGUGUUCCAGCUGCUUCACCAGCAAGUUCUAGCGUGGAAAACACUACUGAAACACCAGUGACGAGCACAACAAGCAAUAAUCAGAAAAGAGAAAAGGGGCGACAGGAAAGACAGCAAGAGCAGCCGCAACAACGGGAUAGAGAGAAGGACAUGGAGCAACAAGCACAGAAUUCGCAACCACAUCAACAACAGCAGCAGGCAGGAUUUGCACAGAUGGAAACAAGAGAUCCUCCGCCCCAGCAAACAUCUGCCUUGCCGCUUUUAGCAGAAUCUUUCCCGUUCACAACGAGUGACGGUGAGAUCGAUUUCAACAGCUCGGAAUUCUUGUAUGACAGUGCCUUAUUCGGUCAAAUCAUGUUCGAUGCUGCAAAACCCAGUCCUUCAACACCAACUGGCUCAUCAGCAGCUGCAGCGACGACUAUGCCUCUGGGUGAUAUGGGUACUUAUCCAUCUGUAUAUAUGGCCGGAUCGUCACUGUUUCCUACCGAUAUAUUAGGAACCAACAGCACCGCUAACAACGCCACGUCUAAUGGACCGGCAAGUACCGCUGGAACGGAUACUGUAGGCGGAUUAGUCGGCGACAAAUCAUUAUGGGAUGAAUCUUCGACAUAA